AGCUGAAAAGCGGAAAAUGGCGCCGACGUGAGCGCGAGUCCACAACGCUGAGAGGGUAAUCGCCGCUUCAGUCGGAGCCGCCGGAGCCACAGGAACAAGAGACCAGGCCCAGUCGAGGAUGGAGGAAGAACCCACGGGCCCCAACCCGGACAUGCCGGCCACUGCAGAGCCCAGCUCCAGUGAGACGGACAAGGAGGUGUUAACCUUUGCAGCUGCUUCAACCACCUCCUUUUCUAUAGUGGAGGAGUCAGGCCCUGACCAGGCAGUUAUACCCCCAGUGUGGGAACGUGGAGGGUCUGGAGGGAAACAGCAGGGUGCCUCCCCAGCCCCAGACAACUGUCAGCCUGGUCCUGGACCUAGCCCUGGCCCAACCAGCACAAUCUCCGUGACCAGCGAGGACCUGCGGCCUCCCAGACGACGCCCACCAUCAGGGAAGCAAAUACCUUGCUCCAGCCUAGGCUGCUGCCUCAGUUUUCCCAGCGUUCGUGACCUAGCACAGCAUCUGCGAACCCAUUGCCCACCCACACAGUCCCUGGAAGGCAAACUCUUCCGCUGCUCAGCCCUGAGCUGCACCGAGACCUUUCCCAGCAUGCAGGAACUGGUGGCACACGGCAAGCUGCAUUACAAGCCCAAUCGAUACUUCAAGUGUGAGAACUGUCUCCUGCGCUUCCGCACUCACCGCUCUCUCUUCAAGCACCUGCAUGUUUGUGCGGAGCAUGCCCAGAGUCCAGCCCCGCCGCCACCCCCAGCCCUGGAAAAGGAGCCAUCUGCGCCCGAGCGCCCCCGGGAGUCCGACCCUUCGUCGGCGCCUGGCCUGCAGUACCCGCUGCUCGAGCCCUUCACGACCCCUGCCCCUUCCCCCACCGGGCCCUUCCUGCCCUAUUUGAACCCCGCGCCCUUUGGCCUAACCCCUCCACGCCUGCGCCACUUUCUGGCCGCCUCUCCCGGGCCCCCGGCCUCCAGCGCCGCGGUCUGGAAAAAGAGCCAAGGUGCCGGAAGCAGCCCUCGAAGACCCCAGGGCGGUUCCGACGCGCCCUCAGGGCACGCGGCCCCGAGCCGCAUCGUGUGGGAGCACACGCGCGGCCGCUACUCGUGCAUGCAGUGCGCCUUCUCCACGGCCUCGCGGCCCGCCAUGACGCAACACCUGGAGGACCACCGCCCCGGCGUCCCCGCAGCCCGGGCGUCCGGGUCUCCACGCCCUGACGCCCCGGCGGAUCCGACCCCGCUUGCACCCAAGGUGUCGCCGCUGCUGUCAGAGGGGGAGCUUCCAGUUUUCUUGCCACUCUGAACCCCGCUGCGGUGGGAGUGGGCCAUGGGAAGUGGGUAGUUUUGUAAUUUAGGGGAGGGAAGGGACAAUAAAGGAGGCACGAUGAGCCACCCU